GGGAAGGCCGAGCUCAGACACAUUCUUGAACUUCACGUGCGAGGAUAUACCUCUUUAGUCACUGCUGAAAAUACAAGUUGUGGAGCCAAAUGUUUAUUAUUCGUCUCCUCCCUUCUGCCAACAGAUGAAAACGCUGUGAAACAUGUGUCGUUAGUGUGUGUGUGUGUGCACAACUCGUGGCGAUUAUCUCCGUUUUUAUUUUGUUCCAACUUUACACGUGUCUUUAAGAUAAACAUGAUUCCCAUCUGGGAUAGUCAUCUUUAACCGACGACAACCCUUUCCUCGUCUCCUGCUUUGUUGCUGUUCGUCGACCGUGUCACACACGACAAGUUUAUUAGCCCAUCAUCAAUGUCUCGAUUGGAGUGCAUCGCUGUGGAAGCCGGUGGGGACUGCGAGGGACAAGAAGUUGUCCUAAUGGAGCCGCGCCCUUUCAGGCCUUUCAAGUCGAGUGAAGAGUAUCUGGUAGCCAUGAAAGAGGAUCUAGCAGAAUGGCUUCAUCGUCUCUACCACCCGCAACUCAACAUUGACUUUGACAACUUUAUGGAUGUCCUGGAAGACGGCGUCGCACUUUGCAAGCAUGCCAACAAUGUGAGGCGGACGGCGAUGGCCUACAAGGAGAAACUGGAGCAGCAAGACAGCCAGCGUCGCCGCAAGUUCAGCACUCACUUGGACAUACCUGAUCGCGAUGUUCUCUUCCGGUCUGAGGUGAAACCCAAGAGUUUCUUCGCCCGCGACAACGUUCACAAUUUCAUCCAAUGGUGUCGACUCCUCGGAAUUUACGAGUGUCUUUUAUUCGAAACGGAUGACUUGGUUCUACGCAAAAAUGAAAAAAGCUUCAUCCUCUGCUUACUCGAGGUCGCCCGACGAGGAGCCAAUUUCGGUAUGCCCGCUCCAGUUUUGGUCCAGUUCGAAAAGGAGAUCGAUCGGGAGAUAGCUAAAGAGGGAAACUUGGAAAACGGCAAUGACUAUGACGAAGAAGAGGACAUGAUGGAAUUGAUUGAAUACGGGCCUCAGGCGCAAAUAGUUACCAACGAUCUGCGAAGUCUCGAUGAAAUGGUACGAGAUCUCGUGGAAAACUGUUCGUGCCCGACUCAAUUCCCCAUGAUUCGUGUUUCAGAGGGCAAGUACCGGAUCGGCGACACCAAAAUGCUCAUUUUCGUCAGAGUUCUACGCAAUCACGUCAUGGUCCGUGUUGGAGGAGGCUGGGACACUCUAUCGCACUAUUUAGAGAAACACGACCCUUGCCGCUGUCGAGCAGGGCAUCGAACACCGAUCACGUCCAAAUUAAGCGUCAGUCAGAAUUCCCGCGGUACAACACAGAUGGAGGUGAGCUACGAACGGGGAACAUCGCCACCGAAUUCCCGCCGCUCCUCCGGUGCCUCCGUUACUGGGACAACUCUAUCACGCAAAAACUCAGUGACCGGAACGACGACGACUUUGCCAUAUUCAUCAGCAUGCGAUUCUUCAACCGAAACAGCGCCGGCCCCGAAUCGGUUUCAUGCUCGCCACCGAAGUCCUUCUCCCUCGAUUAGGCAUUACUCUUCAGGGGCCUUGGGGAGCAGCCCAAUUUUCCAGCGGUCGGGAUCUGCUCGCUACAGUGCCAAUAAUUCAUACAAUUACGGCCAGACUUCGCCGGCUUAUCAGCAAGAGAAUCACAAAGUUGUCUCAUCUUCACCAGGGAAUGCGGAUUGCCCUGAGUCGGACGAAUGUCUGCCAGCCAAAAGAAUUUGGAGCCCCAGCUAUCGACGUUCAACCAAUGCAAGUAAUACGCAGCAGUCCAAGCUUUCUCGUGGACAAGACGAUCAAUUUGGGACUAAAAGUAGCCGGACGAAAGUCACGUCGAUCAAUAACACUGACAGCAGCUCCGAAAUAUCCGAUGAAGGCUAUCGAACCGGAGUGGGAGCCGGAGACAUCAAAAGCGAAGAACUGGAUGAACGACCCGAUUCCAGUUGCACUCAAGUGUCGCAGACAAGCUCUUUAGAAUCAGGUGUGUCUUCUGCCGGACCAUUAGAUGAUUCCGAUCCGGCUUCUAGUAAUUAUAAACAGGAAAAACUGGAAAGCAAGUACAAUUACAGCAAAAUCCCCCUGUUGGGCAGUCUGCGUAAUAUGGGCAAAAGGGCCAACUCGCAUUACUCGACGGAAUCCAUCGGCUCGUUGUCAAGGAAAUCGUCAUUAGAACUCGAUUGCCGCUCACCCGUCCACAGCAGCAACGCCUUAUCGCCUAAUUUAACAAAUCUGGGAUUCCGGCGUGAAGUUUUCGGCCGGCAUUCACUUCGAGCGCGAUCGUCCACCAACGACGGCGAAAAGUUAACUGUCAGAACGAAUAUUGACUUUGGCGAGCCAGUGACCGGAUCUAAAAACACUUUCACUUGGAGCGGAAGAAACAGACGGCAACGCCCCAGCAUUCAAACCGAAUCAACUUUCAUUAAGAACAGAAAUCCGGUUAAUUCUCCAGGAUCGAGUUAUCGAUCCCGUUCGGUCAACAGCGCGGCGUCGCGUGAACAUUCUCGAGCUUCUUCCACAUCACCAAGUAGCAGAAGACGCAAUCUCUUUGUUACUUCGUCGGGAUAUGGCGCUCCUACCUCACCAGAGAUUAAACCCAUUCCUAAUUUGAAAUCACAAAAACCCGUGUAUCAUGCUAAACAGUCGCCACCCACUUCGCCGCUCCAGUCGGAUCCCUCCAAGAUAUCGCCCUUGUUGCGCAACAUGCUAAAAGACGUGGAACUCGACAACGACGCUUCGAUACUGAAGAAAAUGGAAGAAAUUGUUAAUCAGUACAAAGCCCGAGUUGAAAGCAUUCUCGCUGCUGAAGGGAAGACGUUGAAUGACGAUUAUACGGCCAGAGCCUCCCCUUCGGCCCCCGCGACUCCUUGCAUCAAAAUCAACGAUCAGCGAAACGAAGACCCGACCCAACGACCGGCCAAGAAUGGGACAUCAAAGCUUAGCAGACGCAACUCUCUCGACUCGAGCCUGUCACAUCUGCCUACACGCAUGUUCGUAUCACCGAGGAAAGAUUUAGUUUCACAAUCUCCAUCUAAGAUCCCAGUGCCGAGGUUCUAUCGCCCGAAAGAAGAUGUUAGGAAUCCAUGCUUAGUUUAAUCUAUAGUAAUAUGUUACAUGCUGAAACGCAUUCUUAUUGUCCUUGGGGGACUAAGGUCAAUUUAUUGUUUAAUUGUGGGUUAUGAAAUAAGCACCUUAAUCUCUUUCAUUAAUAUGAUUGGUAAAACUUAAUUUUUUAAAUGGUGAAUAACGUUUUAGCAUUAUUGCGGAAAAGGGUAUUCUUAAAAAUUAAAUUUAUGUAAUUCAAGACUUGUAAGCAGAUAAAGUAACUCGUCCAGCAGCAGAUGUUACACAGAUUGCACAAAACAUUAAAAAAAACUCGGAGAUGAGGAAAGAUUGUGGGCUGGGACACAUAUGCGAUUGAGCAUGCGGAUUUAGCAUGACCUUAGUGGUAAUAAAUAUACUGGUGAAAAAAAAAAUAAGGUAGUAAAGAUUAUCGUGUAAUUAUUAAAUUUACUUGGGUCAGGUUUAAGCUCAAUAAGUUCUUAUCUAUUUCAAAUAACACAGUGCAAUAAAUACAUAUAUCUUUACGGCAAUCCUUUGUGAUCAAAGCUAGUUAACAAAUAUACUAAGAUGGCUAACUUACCCUUCGUGAAAUAUAUAGCAAUCUGAAAAUUCCAAGUGUGCUAUUAUGAAAUCAAACAGUACGAAUUUUAAAACAUUAACAAAAGGUGGUGUUUAAAAAAACUCGGAUUCUAUUCUAAAGUUAUGGUUCUCCAACCGUUGAUUAUAUUCUUCUUUCUUUUCGCUCAGUGAGGCUUUUUUAUUGUUUGUUUUCAUUUGCAUACUCACCUUUCAUGAUUCAGACCUUUGUAUUGUGAAUGAUUGGAAAAAAUAAACAUGCUUCAAUUUA